AUGGAGACACCAAAGAUGGCAUAUAUCCCCGGCUUAAUAACACGUGGUCUGAAACUGCCGCGGCUUGAACCAGCUGAACCAAGCACCGGACGGACCGUUACCCUGGAGGCCAUAAUAGGCAGAUUAUGGGCCAUGCUGAGCAGCAAUACAGGGCAAAUUAAAGCCACACAGGAGCCAAACACGAAACCACGUGUGAGCACUAAGAAGAGACCUAGGGGGCUCCCUGAGGAAAGAAAGAGAUCCCGCACUCACCUGACUGCAGCAAAGCGACGAAAACUCUGGAGGCAAUGCUAUCAGAGGAGGAGGCGAGCUGCGGACGGACAUCUUGCACAAAGCUGCCAAGGAGUGCCGUGUACCAACACACGAAAGCCAGUCAUAUGCCGCACGACUAAACCACUGCAGGGCCAACAUUUGUGCCACUUACAGCUGGACAUCUCCUCACCAAGCGACGAUACCAGCCCUUGGCAAGCCACCACCAUACUGGACAACUUUAUAUACCCGGUGUGCAUCGGCUAA